AUGAAUAAUUUAAGACCAAAAACGGAACAAAGAUAUGACAAUUUUAAUAGAAAGUAUAAAUGUUUGGGUGUAGUUGGUAAAGGUGCUUACGGAAGUGUGAGUUGUUAUGAGGAUAUUAAAACAAAAAAGAAAGUUGCUGUCAAACAAUUUUUUAUGAGGAGUGGUAAGGAUGAUGGUAUUCCAAUUACACUUUGUAGAGAAAUUAACUUGUUAAGAGAAUUGGAACAUGAAAAUGUUCUCAAAGUACAGGAUGUUGUGAUUCAUAAUGAUGGUAGUUUCAAUAUGAUUUUGGAUUAUUGUAAAUUGGAUUUGGAAAGAUUAUUAGCAUAUCAUAAAACAUUAAUGAGAUUACCACAAGGUCCACCUCUCCCACCCAAACUUGACGAUGGCAUGAUAAAAUCAAUUAUGUACCAAAUUUUAAAAGGAAUUCAAUAUCUUCACAGCAAGUGGGUAAUCCAUAGAGAUCUGAAACCUUCCAACAUUUUAAUCAAUGAUGAUAGUCAUGCUGAUAGAGGUGUUGUUAAGGUUGCUGACUUUGGUUUGGCUCGUGUAUUCAAAGCACCACUUAGAAGGUUCCAUGAUGAUGGUCCUGUUGUGACAAUUUGGUACAGAGCUCCAGAAUUAUUGAUGGGAGCCAAGCAUUACACUCCUGCUAUUGACAUUUGGAGUGUUGGAUGUAUUAUGUAUGAAUUAUUUGAGCUCAAGCCACUAUUCAAAGGUGAAGAAGUUAAACAAAACAAUAAUCCAAAUCCUUUCCAACGUGAUCAAUUGGAUAAGAUUUUCACAGUGUUAGGUAAACCAAAUGACCAAAUAUGGCCUACAAUCAAUAGCCUACCUGAGAGCAAGCAUCUUGCUUCAUUUAGUGAAACUACGAAUACAUUAGAAAGUGUUUUCAAAAUGCCAAAAGAAUCAUUAGAAUAUGACUUAUUGAGACAAUUAUUGGAAUAUGAUCCUGCUAAAAGAAUUACUGCAAAGGAAGCUCUCCAACACAAGUACUUUAAAGACAAACCAUCAAACAAGUAA